AUGUCGUCGUCCGAGGCCAUCGCGUAUACCGUCGUUGCUUCCGAUCCCAGCAGUGACGGAGUCGAGCUUUCGACGCAGGAUCUGCGCAACAACCUCCAGCGUGGAUCCGAUGAGGUCAAGCUCGAGACCCUUCGACGCAUCAUUGUCUCGACGCUCAAUGGCUCUCCGCAGCCCAACUUACUCAUGCCCAUCAUCCAAUAUGUCUUGCCCAGCCGUAACAAGCAGCUCAAAAAGAUGCUUCAUUUCUACUGGGAGGUCUGCCCCAAGCUGGAUGAAAAGGGCAACCUCAAGCAGGAGAUGAUCCUCGUCUGCAAUGCCAUCCGAAACGACCUGCAGCACCCCAAUGAGUACAUUCGAGGCUCUACCUUGCGCUUCUUGCAGAAAGUCAAGGAACCCGAGCUGCUAGAACCGCUCAUCCCCACGAUCCGCCAGUGCCUCGAGCACCGUCACAGCUACGUCCGCAAAAACGCUGUCUUUUGCGUCUACACGAUAUACCAACAGAAUGAAAACCUCAUUGUGGAUGCUCCCGAGCUUAUGGAGACAUUCCUCGCCGCCGAAGCCGACACCACGUGCAAGCGGAACGCAUUCGUGCUCCUCUGUCACACCGCUCCCGAUCGCGCCGUCCAAUACUUCCUCGGUCUUGGCGACCAAGUAGCGUCGCAGGACGAGCUCAUGCAGCUCGCCAUCAUCGAGCUCAUUCGCAAAGACUGCCGUGGCGAGUCGCCCAACCGCCCCCGCUACAUUCGUGCUGUCUCGGAGCUUCUCUCUGCUCCCAGCCACUCGGUCAAGUACGAGGCCGCCACCACGCUUACGACGCUCACACAGAACGCGGCUGCUGUCAAAGCCACGGCCAGCGCGCUCAUCGAGCUCAUCGUCAAGGAGAGCGACAACAACGUCAAGCUCAUCGUCCUCGACCGUCUCGAUGCGCUACGCACAAAGCACGAACACGUCAUCGACCCCCUCGUCAUGGAUCUCUUGCGUGUUCUCAGCAGCCCCGAUAUGGACGUCAGACGCAAGGCUCUUCGCAUCGCGCUCGACAUGGUGUCGAGCCGCAACAUCGAAGAGGUCGUGCUGCUGCUCAAGAAGGAGCUCAUGAAGACCGUCGACUCGGCGCAGUCGCAGGACAAGAACCUCGAGUACCGCCAGCUUCUCAUCCAAUCCAUCCACACCUGCGCCAUCAAAUUCUCCGAGGUCGCCAGCAACGUCGUACACGUGCUCAUGGAGUUCCUCGGCGACUCCAACAACCCUUCCGCUGUCGACGUCAUCGCCUUUGUUCGAGAAGUGGUCGAAAAGUUCCCCGACUUGCGUUCCUCGAUCGUCGACAAGCUGCUGCGCACCUUCACGGACAUCAAGUCCGGCAAAGUCUUCCGCGGCGCGCUCUGGAUCGUCGGCGAAUACUGCGCUAGCAUCGAGGACGUCAAGGAGGCCAUGCAGCAGAUCCGCAAGGUGGUCGGCGAGGUGCCCAUCCUCGCGGCAGAGGAGCGUCUGCUCGACUCUUCCGCCGCAGAGGUGGAUGGCGCCAAGGAGGAAGCGGACGCCGCAUCUUCAUCUUCAGCAUUGGCAACGGCCAAGCCUGCCACUUCGGCGGCCAACCGUGUGCGAGCCGACGGCACCUACGCGACAGAGACCGCCUUCAGCUCCGAGGCCAACCAGGCUGCCCGUCUCGAAGCGGUCAAGAGUGCAUCCAAGCCGCCGCUAAGGUCGUUGCUGCUUCUCGGCGACUUUUACACGGGCGCCGUCCUCGCGUCUACGCUCACCAAGCUCGUGCUCCGUUUCGCCGAGCUCUCGUCCGACGCCGCGGCCAAGAAUAGUCUCCGCGCCGAGUCGAUGCUCAUGAUGACCAGCAUCGUGCGUGUAGGCCAGUCCAAGUUCGCCGCCUCGCCCAUCGACGAAGACUCCACCGAGCGCAUCAUGGCGUGCGUCGAGACGCUCGCCUCGUCCAUCGAGGACGCCCAGCCAGAGAGCAAGGAAGCCAAGCAGGUGUUCUUGCACGAUACAAAGCAGGCCUACACCAAGAUGGUGGAGCACGAGCAGGCCAAAGCGGCGGAAAAGCUUGCCAAGGAGACCAAGGUGGUCAAGGUGCAGCCGGACGAUCUGCUCUCCUUCCGACAAUUCUCCAAGAAGGCGGCGGACGAUGCGGCCGAGGAGUACGAGCGCGAACUGACGCAGGCGACUGGCACUGCUGAGGCUGCCAAGGACGACUUCAUCAGCAAGCUGGCGCGCGUGGUCCAGCUCACCGGCUUCUCGGAUCCCGUGUACGCUGAGGCCUACGUCAACGUACAUCAGUUUGACAUCAUGCUCGAUGUGCUCGUCGUCAACCAGACGGCGGAGACGCUGCAGAACCUCUCGAUCGAGUUUGCCACCCUCGGCGAUCUCAAGCUGGUCGAGCGUCCGUCCAACUACACUCUCGCACCCUACUCGUACCAGUCGAUCAAAGCCACCAUCAAGGUAUCCAGCACCGAGACCGGCGUCAUCUUUGGCAACAUCAUCUACGAAGGCGCUGCUGGUACAGGAACGCAAUCCGCCGGAGAUGCCAAAUGCGUUGUGCUCAACGACAUCCACAUCGACAUUAUGGACUACAUUGCACCGGCCUACUGCAACGAGGCGCAGUUCCGCGCCAUGUGGACCGAGUUCGAGUGGGAAAACAAGGUCAACGUCAACACCUCGAUCACCGACCUGCGCGAGUACCUGGCUCACAUCAUGAAGAGCACGAACAUGUCGUGUCUCACACCGGAGGCUAGCUUGGCGGGAGAAUGCGGGUUCCUGUCGGCGAACAUGUACGCCAGGAGUCUGUUUGGGGAGGACGCGCUGGCCAAUCUGAGCAUAGAGCUGCUACCGGAUGGCAAGACGAUCCAGGGUCACGUGAGGAUUCGCAGCAAGACGCAGGGGAUUGCGUUGAGUUUGGGAGAUAAGAUCACGCUGGCGCAGAAGGCGGCGAGUAAGGAGUAG